CAGAGGUCCUACCAGUUGUAGGCGCAGUUUCAAGCAGCCUGCAAAACACAAACCGAUUGUUUAUUUCAUGUUUGUUUACAUCCAAACGGAUAAAUGGCUUCCGCUUUGAUCUCUCCUAUGGUGGACUAUUACAACGACGAGGAGGAGAUCGACAGCGUGGAUGACGACGAUGACCGGAGUUUCAGGGGAAGAGACUCCGAAGAAGACACUGAAGAUGCCAGUGAGACAGAUCUUGCCAAACACGACGAGGAGGACUACGUCGAAAUCAAGGAACAAAUGUACCAGGAUAAAUUAGCCUCGCUGAAACGACAGCUGCAGCAGCUACAAGAAGGUACCCUGCAGGAGUAUCAGAAGAGGAUGAAGAAGUUGGACCAGCAGUACAAAGAGAGGCUUCGAAAUGCAGAAUUGUUUUUUCAUCUUGAGACGGAACAGGUGGAGAGGAACUACAUUAAAGAGAAGAAGGCAGCGGUGAAGGAGUUUGAUGAUAAAAAGGUUGAACUGAAGGAAAACCUAAUCGCAGAGCUGGAGGAAAAGAAAAAGAUGAUUGAGAAUGAGAAGUUAACAAUGGAGCUAACGGGUGACUCGAUGGAGGUAAAACCAAUCAUGACCAGGAAGCUGAGGAGACGGCCCAAUGAUCCGGUCCCAAUACCAGACAAGAGAAGAAAACCUGCACCAGCUCAGCUAAAUUAUUUAUUAACAGACGAGCAGAUAAUGGAAGACCUAAGAACACUUAAUAAGCUAAAGUCACCAAAACGACCAGUGUCUCCCUCAUCUCCUGAGCACGUGCCCUCGGCUCCCAUGGAGAACCCCUCACAGCGUUACGAGGCCCGCAUCGAAGAGGGGAAACUGUACUACGAUAAAAGAUGGUACCAUAAGAGUCAAGCCAUUUACCUGGAGUCAAAGGACAACACAAAGAUUAGCUGUGUCAUCAGCUCAGUUGGGAACAAUGAGAUUUGGGUGAGGAAGACGAGCGACAGUACGAAGAUGCGGAUCUACCUCGGACAGCUGCAGAGAGGAACAUUUGUCAUCCGUCGACGGUCUGCUGCGUGAAACGUUGCCCUGCUCGGCUCCGCCCCACCCAACCCCAUCUGUUCAUUUAUCCGUUCAGCCAUUUAACCACCAAUCACUUAUUAAUCCAUUGUUGGUGCAUUUCGGUUUUAACAUGAGGCCUUUUUAUUUGGAUUCAACAUUUUCAUACGCACUACCCCCUGUUUGUCAGCCCUGUUGAUUUUCAGCUCAGCUUCUCCCCCCCCACAUCAACCACAUGCAGGUGGUCGUUAAAAACACAGUAUCCAACACUAUUGUCACUAUGCACCAUGUUUUUUUUUUUUUUUUUUUUUUUUUUUUUUUUACACAAAGCAGGCUCAUUUCCAGUUAAAUAACAUUUUCUAAAAAGGCAGGCCCUUGUUUGUCAGCUAUAUCUGUUGUGUUAAAUUUAACAGAUAAAGCUCAUGUUGGGGCUCCAUCUGAAAUUAGUCAUUUUCAAGUACGUCCCUGUUGGAACAGUAAACAAAAACUCCUCCUUUUACAGAUACCUUCAGUAUGAACAACAUGUUACAUUACCAUGUAAAUUGAACCUUUUGUAUGUUUCUUGUAAAAAAAAAGUAAUUUGGUUGAUUGUCAUUUCAUGCCUUCCUUCUCCAUGUGUAAACAGUCUGAAAUGGCUCAGCUCUGUGGACAUGUGGAGUUCUGUUGCUUGACUUUUUUCAUUUUAUUAAAAAUGUUUUGGCUUUUUAUUAA